GCCCGGACUGGGGUUUUGGCUACCGCCGCCGCCGCUCACCAUUCACCCCUCGCACUCGCGCUCGCUCUCCUAUCUGCGACGACUGGGCUAUAACGCCGCCGCCGCCGCCCUACGCCUGGGCACUUCGCCGGCGACGAGCGCCCACAAGCUGAGCUGCCAUGCGCCAGCCACGGUCCGGGCCGGGGAAGAGGCGGGGCCGCGGGCCGCGCAUCCCCGCGGCGACGCUUCGGAAGCAGAAGGCGGCGUUGGCGAACGUCGACCAGAUCACCGGCGCCAAGAUUCCGAAGAGCUUCGUCUUCGCCCGCGGCAAACUCCCCUCCACGCUCCGCCACCUCCAGCAGGACCUCCGCAAGGUUAUGCUCCCCUACACUGCUCUCAAUCUCAAGGAGAAGAAGCGAAAUAACCUCAAGGACUUUGUCAAUGUUGCCGGUCCGUUGGGCGUGUCACAUUUCCUAAUCCUCUCAAACCCCAAAAGCCUGCCACAUUUGCGCUUUGCGAAAUCACCACAGGGCCCAACAUUCACAUUUCAGAUAGAGGAGUACUCACUUGCGGCAGACAUUGCAAACUCCCAGAAGCGCCCAAGGUGCCCACCAGGGAUAUUCCAAAACUCACCACUGGUUGUACUUGGUGGGUUGACAGGUCUCGGCAACCCUUUCAGGAGUUUGGUUGAAUACUUCCAGCAUAUGUUCCCUGCUGUUGACCCAAGCACUGUCAAGCUGGCAACAUGCCAAAGGAUUCUGUUGUUAAAACAUGAUAAAGAGAAGGAUGUUAUUGAAUUCCGGCAUUACUCCAUCAAGCUCCAGCCUGUUGGUGUCAGUCGCAGGAUUAGAAAGCUCAUGCAAAACAAUCAAGUGCCUGAUCUAGGAGAAUAUAAAGAUGUUAGUGAUUUCGUGACAAAAGCUGGGUAUGGAUCAGAAAGUGAAGUAGAUGAUGAAGCAGCAAUGGUAAGCCUGCCAAGUGAUGUUGACAAAUUAAACCGGGCAUCGAGAAAAAGCGCUGUCAGACUCCAGGAGAUUGGACCAAGGAUGACUAUGCGCCUAAGUAAAGUUGAAGCUGGGCUAUGUUCAGGAGAUGUCUUAUACUCAUGGCCUGUGGAAAAGGAAGUGGGAAAGAAAGGAACAGAAACUGGGGAAGAAGUAGAAGAACAAGAAGAAGAUGAUAAUGCUGAGGCCACUGAUGAAUCCGAGGAUGAGAUGGAGGUAUAGGAUUUUAGAUGCAUGUUUAAUGCUGGAACCAACGGGCCUUGUGUCCUAUAACAUGAUGCAUUCAUGCCAAUUUUGUGACAGGAAGUUGCAUUGCAUUCCUUGCAACAAAGUGUUACAUUGUUUUGCGGAUGGUUACCCCUUGAGUUACAACUCAAGUUUGGGAAUAGUUUUUGGUUCGUACUCUUAAGAUUUCUUAUUCUUCUCGGGGUUUUAGAGGGAUGGAGUAGUAGUGUGGGAAUGGAAAUAUGAUCCUCGUUUCUGUUUCUAUGUUUCACGUUUUGGGAAUGUCUACAUUUUAUAAAUGAAUGUUUCUGUU